AUGGUCGACCUCAAGAACAUCACCUCCAGACCAAGCAUAUACAGAAGCAAUUCUGCCUACUUGGGAUUGGAGAUUUCAAACUCCAAAAUCAUCCAUGUAGAUGAAAAGGGAACUAUUCGCUCAGAGAAUAACUCCAUCGUCUCUUUUGGCGAGGAGGAGCUCAAAAAAGGUUUGAAAAACAGACACAUCCAGCUUAUUGCUUUGGGUGGUGCUAUUGGUACCGGUCUAUUCGUGGGUUCCGGUGUGGCCUUGUCGACAUGUGGUCCAGGUCCGCUUUUGUUGUCCUACAUCAUCUUGUCUGCUGUCGUCUGGUUCAUCAUGAACAUGUUGGCUGAAAUGGCCACUUUCUUACCAGUGCCUGGUGCUGGUGCUCAACAGUUUGUUAGUGACUACACUGACCCAUCCAUUGGUUUUGCUAUUGGCUACAAUUACUGGUAUGGAUUUUCCAUUUUGGUCGCUGCCGAAAUUGUUGCUGCUGCCAUCAUCAUCCAGUACUGGACGACCAAGGUGCACAUUGCCGUGUUGAUCUCCAUUCUUUUAGCCCUUAUGCUCAUUUUGAACUUGUGUCCUGUGAGUUUCUACGGAGAGGCAGAGUUUUACUUUGCAGGAAUUAAGUUGAUUGCCAUCACUGGUUUGAUUAUCUUGGGUGUUGUGUUGUUCUUUGGUGGUGGUCCAACCCAUGACAGACUCGGCUUCAGAUACUGGAAAGAUGGAAAUGCAUUUAAGGAACAUUUGACAGGAGGCUCCACCGGUCGUUUUCUUUCUGUUUGGACUGCCAUCAUCAAGGCUGGUUACUCGUUCAUCAUGAGUCCUGAGUUAAUUGUGGCCUGUUCGGGAGAAGUCAGUGAGGCUCGUCGUAUUUUGCCGAAGUGUGCUAACCAGUUCAUUUACCGUUUGGCUUUCUUUUAUAUCUUGGGCUCUUUGAUCAUUGGUAUUAUUGCCGAUUCAAACAGUAAGCAGUUGGUCAACGGAAGUGGAAAUGCUUCUGCAUCUCCAUUCGUUCUCGGUAUUCAGAACGCAGGCAUCCAUGUUUUGAACCACAUUAUCAACGCCGUGGUGUUAACUUCCGCCGCUUCCGCAGGUAACUCGUUCUUCUACGCCAGUACCAGAACAUUGUACUCUCUCGCUAAGAAGGGAUUGGCUCCACGGAUCUUCACCACUGUCAACAAGUUCGGUGUUCCAUAUUACUGUGUCGCUGUUACCUUUAUUGUGGCAUGUUUGUCCUACUUAAACGUCUCCAGCUCUUCUUCGCAAGUCUUUGCAUGGUUCUCCAACAUUACCACCAUUUCUGGUUUUAUUUCGUGGAUUUUUGUUGCUUUCGCCUACACCAGAUGGAGAAAGGCCAUCACUGUGCAAAGUCUCGACGACAGAGUCACCUACAGAACUCCAUUCCAGCCAUUCGGCGCCUACUUUGUGAUUGGCUUCAUUUCUAUCAUCACCAUCACCAACGGCUAUGGUGUAUUCUUUGACUUCAAAAUUGCUGACUUUUUGGCUGCUUACAUUACGUUGCCAAUUGUCGUAGCUCUCUAUAUUGGCCACAGAGCAUACAGGUACUUCAUCAAGGGUCAGACCAGAUGGCUUACUCCACUUGAAGAGUUUGACUUCUCCAAGUUGGAGUUGGUUGAAGAGGAGGCUAGAGGCAUUACUCCCAGACUUCCUCAGAAUAGAUGGCAGAAGAUUUGGUUUGCUUUAACUUAA